AUGCCCCCGGAGCAGGCCCCUGCCUCACCCCUCCUCAGGGCCUCCCUCUCAGCCAGCACGGCUUCAGAUGGUUUGGGGUCCAAAGGUCAAGCCUUCCACAUGUGGCGUGAGGCGGGUGUGCGGCUCCUCAUGGCAGGAGCACACCUAGACCUGCUCACGCCGACCCGGGGCCACCUGCCACCUCUCAGCCUGCGUUUGGGCCCCACUGACGGCCUGUGUCCCACCAGGAAGCGCAGACUGGCUGGGAGCUCGGGUGGGGGCGGCCCCCCUCCCAGGAGUCCCACCCAGGGGGCAGCUUGCACCCUGCCCCCUGGGUGUUGUUGA